CCCCGAGCCUUCGUCUUCCCCAUUUAAUGCUCUCUCUAUAAUCUUCGCUGAAAAAAAAAAUAAAAAAUUCUCUCUUCUACUUCCAAAUUGCUAGGGUUUAUUCAAUUUCUCAAUGACCAGCCAUUGAAAAUCACCGAUCGAAUCCUCUUUUCGUCUCUUUUACGAAUCGAGGAUUGAUGAUCGGCGCCGCUUGACAUCGUAGAUCCCAGAUUUUCGAGGUUUUGAAGCGACAGAGUUGAUUAAGAUGAUCAUUAAAAGCAAGCUAAAGUUGGCUUUACUUGUUGGCUUUUCCUUAUCUGUGCUGUCUUUGUUGAUCCAUCUUCUUGUCACUAAUUAUUCGACUGGGGAUCUAGUACAAUACCACCCGGCGUUGGAUAACUUCCAUCCAAUUGCACAGAAAAACAGGAAUGGAAGGUUAUGGGGCUCUGUGAGCACUCUGGCUGCCCUCCAACCUUUUGCUAAUCCAAGGAGGAAAUUCCCAGUUCCCAGUGAGCAUAAUGGAUUCAUUUACGCAAAAAUACAUGGUGGAUUUGAUAAGAUCAGAUCUUCGAUCUGUGAUCUUGUCGCAAUUUCCAGGCUUUUAAAUGCCACCCUUGUCAUUCCAGAACUUCAACAAAGUCUUCGCUCAAAAGGAAUCAGUCCUAAGUUCAGGAGCUUCUCAUACCUUUACAAUGAAGAGCAGUUUAUAGGAGCACUUUCAAAUGAUGUAGUUGUGGUAAAGAAUUUACCAGAAGAUUUGAAGAAGGCUAGAAAAAAGAUCAAAUUUCCUACAUUUUCACCGCAACGUUUGGCUUCUCCAACUUUUUAUAUAGAAGAGGUCCUGCCAAAGCUCAAAAUUUCAAAGGUUGUUCGUCUGUUGAUUACUGAUGGUGGAUGCCUUGAGUCAGUCCUUCCAUCCAGCAUGGUUGAGUAUCAACGACUUAGAUGCAGGGUUGCUUUUCAUGCCCUUCAGUUACGCCAAGAAAUUCAAAUCCUUGGAAAUCACAUGGUAGCCAGAUUGCGUGCAUAUGGUCGUCCUUAUCUUGCAUAUCAUCCUGGUCUUCUAAGAGAUACCUUGGCAUUUCAUGGUUGUGCAGAACUUUUUCAGGAUCUCCAUACUGAACUAAUACAAUAUAGAAGGAAACAGAUGAUCAAACGCCAUAUUGUUCAUGAAGAACUGAACAUUGACUCAGUGGCACGGAAAAGAAAUGGCUCAUGUCCUCUCAUGCCUGAAGAAGUAGGACUUCUCCUUAGGGCGAUGGGAUAUCCUCAGAACACAAUAAUAUACCUGGCUGGUUCUGAGUUAUUUGGUGGGCAAAGAGUCCUCAUUCCCUUGCGUGCCAUGUACACAAAUUUGGUAGAUCGGUAUUCUUUAACCAGUAAGAAGGAAUUGUCUGACUUGGUCGGACCAGAAUAUCCUCUUCCUGUGAGUACUCCUCAAUCUCCAGCAGCUAAAAGUAGAGAUCAGCUGCUGGAAGAAUGGAAUAGAGCUGGGCCCAGGCCGAGGCCCCUUCCUCCGCCUCCUGCAAGGCCUUUUUAUGCUUAUGAGCAUCAAGGUUGGUAUGGCUGGCUGUUGGAAACAGACAAAGAGCCAGAUCCUUCACCGGCUGAUCUGAGAAUGCAAGCACAUUGGCUGCUAUGGGAUGCUCUUGAUUAUUAUGUUUCUGUUGAAGCGGAUGCAUUUUUUCCUGGAUUUCACAGUGAUGGAAGUGGGUGGCCAGAUUUUUCGAGCUUGGUCAUGGGUCAUCGUGUGUACCAAGAGGCUUCUAGAAGAACUUAUCGUCCUGAUAGAAAAGCCAUUUCUGAAUUCUUUGAUACCAUCCGCGACAACCUCUAUCAUCCAUCGCACAAUUGGACAGUAGCAGUAAGGGAUCAUCUUAACCGAAGCCUGAGCGUGGAUGGUCUCAAAGCAGCAGCUCUGCAAUCAAAACCUUCAUCAUUUCUUUCUCACCCAUUGCCAGAAUGUUCAUGCACGACGACUUCAUCUCCUAUUCUGAAUCUAUUAAAAGACACUGGUGGGAAUCUUAUAUAUGGGAAAGAGGACAAAUGCCCUCAAUGGAUGGAUAAAAAACUCGUCGCGGUUUCCUUCAAUGCCAGUGAUUCACAAGGUGAGGACGUCGAGGAAAUCGAGUCUAGUGAAGAAAGUGGGACCAAGCAGUUCGAAUCUGUUGGCCCUUCGCCUGAAGAUGAAGAGAUGGAUCCAUAUGACUAAUCGAAACACAGAGUGAAGGAUUACAUAGAUAGUAGAUUCUUCGUAGAGGGAGAUAAUACAGUUUAUACCACUUCAAUGGAGUAGAAAAAAUGAACAUUCUUCUUUCACAUACAUCUUCUGAUGCAGGAAGAACUAACCUCGAUUCUUUUCACUAACCUUUCCACUAGCACAGUCUUUUUGAUCUGUAUAUUCACAAGCGAUGUAACUUUUUUUUUUUUUUGAAUUGAGUCUUUUCCAAGUAGAUAUUAUUUGGACUCACUGAGCAGGGAGGGUGAGCUUUUGGCCUCCUGUGCUCUGGAGAUAUUUGGAAUAUUUGGCUUCUGAUUUGAAGUUUGUUUUCUCUGAUGAAUCGAUGGAAACUUCUAAUUGA